CGAGCGAGUUCUGUCCGAAAGCGAGUGUAGUCGAGUGAAGAUGGUCGUCGCCGUCGCGCUGUAAAAAAGGAGAAAUAGUGCCGUGUGAGUGUGAGUAGCAGAAAAAAGUUCAAACUAGCAAGUGAAAAAUUGUGCAAAAAUCGUUGAAGAAAGUGCAUUUUCAGGCCAGAUUUGUGUCACGAAAGUUGAAGUGGACGGUGCAACAAAAGCGGAAAUACAGUUAGCGAUCGCGCAGACGAUCAAAAAAUACAGUUUAUUACAAGAAAUUGAUUGGAUAUAUUUCUUCAAGCCGCGCUAGGAGCUCGCCCUCGAGCACAGUAAGCUUCUAGCCAUGACGACUGACAUCUCGGUAGUACGAUGGGAUCCCAGCCAGGGCCCUGGCCAGGAAUAUAUCGACGAAUACGAAUACGAUGGGGGCAACUCCAGUUCACGGCUUUUCGAGCGGUCACGAAUCAAAGCUUUAGCGGAGGAGCGUGAGAGUGUUCAGAAAAAGACGUUUACAAAAUGGGUCAACUCGCACUUGGUGCGAGUGAACAGUCGAAUCGGAGACCUGUACGUUGAUAUGCGGGAUGGCAAAAAUCUAAUUAAGCUGUUGGAAGUAUUAUCCGGGGAGCGUCUGCCACGGCCGACCAAGGGCAAAAUGCGUAUUCACUGCCUCGAAAACGUAGACAAGGCGCUGCAGUUUCUACGGGAUCAGCGUGUCCACCUCGAGAACAUUGGCUCACACGACAUCGUGGACGGUAAUGCCAGUUUAAAUCUUGGAUUAAUCUGGACCAUUAUUCUACGAUUCCAGAUUCAAGACAUCACCAUUGAGGAAACCGACAAUAAAGAGACAAAAUCCGCUAAGGAUGCGCUGCUACUUUGGUGUCAGAUGAAAACUGCCGGUUACCACAAUGUGAACGUUCGCAAUUUCACCACCUCCUGGCGAGAUGGUCUUGCAUUUAAUGCAAUCAUACACAAACAUCGACCGGAUCUGGUUCAGUUCGAUAAGCUAACGAAGAACAACCCAAUUCAGAACCUGAACAAUGCAUUCAACGUGGCCGAGGAGAAGCUUGGUCUGACCAAGCUUCUGGACGCGGAGGAUGUCUUCGUCGAACACCCGGAUGAGAAGUCCAUAAUCACAUACGUUGUCACAUACUAUCACUACUUCAGUAAGUUGAAGCAAGAAACUGUGCAAGGUAAACGUAUCGGAAAGGUCGUCGGUAUCGCUAUGGAUAAUGACCGCAUGAUCAGCGAGUACGAAUCGUUGACGAGCGAACUCCUGAAAUGGAUCGAAGUUACGAUCGUUCAACUCGGAGAUCGGCAGUUUGCCAACUCGCUCGUCGGUGUGCAGCAGCAGUUGGCACAGUUUUCCAACUAUCGUACGGUGGAAAAACCACCCAAAUUUGUGGAAAAAGGCAAUCUGGAGGUGUUGCUUUUCACGCUGCAAUCUAAAAUGAGGGCAAACAAUCAAAAGCCGUACACACCCAAGGAGGGAAAAAUGAUUUCCGACAUCAACAAAGCCUGGGAGCGUUUGGAGAAAUCUGAACACGAGCGGGAGUUGGCGCUCCGGGAGGAGCUGAUCCGACAGGAGAAGCUCGAACAGCUGGCUGCUCGUUUCAACCGGAAGGCAACCAUGAGAGAGACUUGGCUUUCGGAAAAUCAACGCCUGGUCAGUACCGAUAAUUUCGGAUUCGAUCUGGCUGCAGUGGAAGCAGCCGCCAAGAAGCAUGAGGCUAUCGAGACGGACAUUUUUGCCUACGAAGAACGUGUUCAGGCCGUGGUGGCAGUCUGGAACGAGCUGGAAGUGGAACGUUACCACGAUAUGGAACGAAUUGCAGCUCGCAAAGAAAAUGUGUUGCGACUUUGGAACUACCUGCUGGAGCUGCUGCGCGCUAGAAGAAUGCGACUGGAGUUCUCAAUUCAGUUGCAGCAGAACUUCCAGGAAAUGAUCUACAUCUUGGACUCGAUGGAAGAAAUAAAGCAGCGGCUGUUGACCGACGAUUACGGCAAACAUCUGAUGGGGGUGGAAGAUUUGCUGCAGAAGCAUUCGCUUGUCGAGGCCGAUAUCAAUGUGCUUGGCGAGCGGGUCAAGCAAGUCGUUCAGAACUCGCAGAAAUUCUUGGGUGAUGAGGAAGGUGGUUAUAAGCCGUGUGAUCCUUCCAUCAUUGUUGAUCGUGUCCAGCGCUUGGAAGACGCUUACGCCGAACUGUGCAAAUUGGCUGUUGAGCGUCGCUCGCGGUUGGAGGAGAGCCGUAAGCUGUGGCAGUUCUACUGGGAUAUGGCUGAUGAGGAGAAUUGGAUCAAGGAGAAGGAACAGAUCGUAUCUACCGAUGAAAUUGGUCAUGAUUUGACCACGGUUAAUUUGCUGCUGUCCAAGCAUAAAGCCUUGGAGAAGGAAAUCAAUUCGCAUGAGCAGCAGUUGAUGGCUGUAAGCACUGUUGGAGAUGAGCUGGUCCGCCAAGGACACUUUGGGGCGGAUCGCAUUGACGAACGUCUCAAGGAGAUUUUGACAAUGUGGAAUAAUCUUUUGGAUCUCACAGUCUCACGUCGUAAACGGCUUGAAAAUGCCGUUGAAUACUUUCAGCUGUUUGCCGAUGCGGAUGAUAUCGAUAACUGGAUGUUGGACGCUUUGCGACUGGUUUCAUCCGAGGAUGUGGGUCGAGAUGAAGCAAACGUCCAGAGUUUGUUGAAGAAACACAAAGACGUGGCUGAUGAGCUUAAGAACUACGCCGAAACGCUCGAUCAACUGCAUACUCAGGCUAACAACUUGAUUCUGAACGAGCCAGAGCAGCAGAAGGUUCAGGAGCGUCUCGCUGCUAUUGAUGCCCGCUACAAGGAACUCAUGGAACUGGCGAAAUUGCGCAAACAGCGACUUCUGGACGCACUCAGUUUGUACAAACUUAUUUCGGAAAGCGAUGGCGUCGAGCAAUGGAUCAGCGAGAAGGAACGUAUGCUGCAAACCAUGGUUCCGGGCAAGGAUAUCGAGGACGUGGAAAUUAUGAAGCAUCGCUACGAUGGAUUCGACAAGGAAAUGAAUGCGAACGCUUCGCGAGUUGCUGUGGUCAAUCAACUUGCCCGACAGCUGCUGCACGUUGAGCAUCCAAAUUCGGAGGAAAUUAUCGAAAAGCAGAACCAUUUGAAUCUAAGCUGGUCCAAGUUGCGUGAGCAAGCGGAAAGCAAACGCGAUGAUCUCAAGUCUGCCCACGGUGUCCAAACCUUCUAUAUUGAGUGUCGCGAGACAAUCUCCUGGAUUGAGGACAAGAAACGUAUUCUCACUGAAACUGACAGCCUGCAGAUGGACUUGACGGGUGUGAUGACCCUGCAGCGCCGUUUGAGCGGAAUGGAGCGUGAUCUCGCCGCCAUCCAGGCCAAAUUGACGGCAUUGGAAAGCGAAGCGGAUGCCAUUGAAGGAGAGCAUCCCGAAGAGGCUGCAUUGAUCCGCGAGAGAGUAGCACAAAUUCAGGUUAUCUGGGAGCAAUUGACACACAUGUUGAAGGAACGCGAUUCGAAGUUGGAAGAGGCUGGAGAUCUGCAUCGGUUCUUGCGCGAUUUGGAUCAUUUCCAGGCGUGGUUGACCAAGACUCAAACGGACGUUGCGUCGGAAGAUACACCCACAUCGUUGCCCGAGGCUGAGAAGCUUCUUAACCAACACCAGAGCAUACGCGAAGAAAUCGAUAACUACACGGAGGAUUACACGAAGAUGAUGGUAUAUGGCGAGGGUCUUACUUCUGAACCAACCCAAACCGAGGAUCCGCAGUACAUGUUCUUGCGUGAACGUCUGAAGGCUCUGAAGGAUGGAUGGGAAGAACUGCACCAAAUGUGGGAGAAUCGGCAGGUCUUAUUGUCACAAAGCUUGGAUCAACAGCUAUUCAAUCGCGACGCUCGCCAAGCGGAAGUUUUGCUUAGCCAGCAGGAGCAUGUUCUCAGCAAGGAUGACACUCCAGUUAACCUAGAACAGGCAGAGAACCAGCUGAAACGUCACGAAGCGUUCCUCACCACUAUGGAAGCUAAUGACGACAAAAUCAAUACGAUCGUCGCCGUUGCCGAACAGCUGUCUGAGAAACACCACUUCGAUUCGGAUAAAAUUGGAAAACGUGCCGAGAGCAUCGCUCACCGCCGGGAUGAUAACCGUAACCGGGCGGUCGAGUUGCACGAGAAGUUGAAGAACCAGGUUAAACUGCACGAAUUCCUGCAGGAUAUUGAGGAGCUAACCGAGUGGGUACAGGAGAAGUACAUUACCGCCCAAGAUGACACAUACCGCAGCGCUAAAACCGUCCACAGCAAAUGGACCCGUCAUCAAGCUUUCGAGGCUGAGAUUGCCGCCAACAAGGAGCGUCUCCAUGAAGCCCAAAAAGCAGCCCAAGAACUUAUGGUUGAGAAACCUGAGUUCAAGGAAAUCAUCGAACCCAAGCUGCAAGAUUUAGCUAAGAACUUCGAUGAGCUUGAAACAAGCACCAAAGAGAAGGGAGCUCUUCUGUUCGAUGCCAAACGCGAAGUCAUUGUCCAACAGAGCGCCGAUGAUAUCGAUUCUUGGAUGGAUGAUCUGGAGAAACAAAUCAUCAAUACCGAUACCGGAAACGAUUUGACUUCGGUGAACAUUCUCAUGCAGAAGCAACAAGUUAUUCAAACCCAAAUGGCCGUCAAGGCUCGCCAAGUUGAAGAACUUGAGAAACAGACCGAAGUUCUCACCAAGACGGCUCCCCAAGAUGUGCUGGAACCAAUCGUGGAGAAGAAACAAGCGGUCAAUGCACGAUUCGAGAAGAUCAAGGCACCACUGGUCGAACGCCAGCGUCAGCUCGAGAAAAAGAAGGAAGCGUUCCAGUUCCGCCGAGAUGUCGAGGAUGAAAAGCUGUGGAUCGACGAGAAAAUACCACUGGCCAACUCCCAGGAAUAUGGCAAUUCUUUGUUCAAUGUGCACGUGUUGAAGAAAAAACAUCAGUCGCUGAACACCGAAAUCGAUAAUCACGAGCCAAGAAUUAUGACUAUUUGCAACAACGGACAGAAACUGAUCGAUGAAGGACACGAGGAUGCCUCCCAGUUUGCGGAUCUCAUCAGUCAGCUCACCCAGAAAUGGCAGGAACUCAAGGACGCGAUCGACAAUCGUCACAAGCAACUGGAUCAGUCCGAGAAGGUACAGCAAUACUUCUUCGACGCCGCUGAAGCUGAAUCGUGGAUGAGCGAACAGGAACUGUACAUGAUGGUCGAGGAUCGUGGAAAGGAUGAGAUUUCGGCGCAAAAUUUGAUGAAGAAACACGAAACACUUGAGCAAUCGGUGGAGGAUUACGCUGACACCAUUCGACAGUUGGGAGAGACUGCUCGUCAGUUGACAUCCGAACAGCAUGCCUACAGCGACCAAGUGUCGGUGAAACAAUCUCAGCUGGACAAACUCUACGCUGGUUUGAAGGAUCUUGCUGGCGAACGUCGCGCACGGCUGGAUGAGGCUCUGCAACUGUUUAUGCUGAACCGUGAAGUCGAUGAUCUUGAGCAAUGGAUCGCAGAACGUGAGUUGGUUGCAGGCUCGCAUGAACUUGGCCAGGACUACGAUCACAUCACAUUGCUUUGGGAACGGUUCAACGAGUUCGCCCAAGAUACUGCCGCUGUCGGAAGUGAGCGGGUUGCUAAGGCAAAUGGAAUCGCGGAUGACCUUAUCCAUGCCGGCCAUUCGGAUAGCGCAACGAUAGCCGAAUGGAAGGAUGGUUUGAAUGAGUCCUGGCAAGAUCUGCUGGAACUUAUCGAAACCAGGAAAGCUAUGUUGGCGGCUUCACGCGAACUGCACAAAUUCUUCCACGAUUGCAAAGAUGUCCUCGGUCGUAUCAUCGAGAAACAACAUGGUGUUUCGGAUGAGUUGGGACGUGAUGCCGGAUCCGUGUCGACGCUACAGCGAAAACAUCAGAAUUUCAUUCAAGAUCUUAUGACACUUCAUUCGCAAGUACAACAAAUUCAGGAAGAAUCCACCAAACUUCAGGCAGCUUACGCAGGCGAGAAGGCACGUGAAAUCACAAACCGCGAGCAUGAGGUCUUGGCUGCUUGGGCCAACCUUCAGGGGAUGUGUGACGCGCGCAAGAACAAACUGGCAGACACCGGGGAUCUGUUCAAAUUCUUCAACAUGGUUCGCACGCUGAUGUUGUGGAUGGAAGAUGUUGUCCGGCAGAUGAACACAUCAGAAAAACCUCGCGAUGUGUCCGGCGUUGAGCUGCUUAUGAACAAUCAUCAAAGCUUGAAGGCGGAAAUCGAUACCCGCGAGGACAAUUUCUCGGUGUGUUUGGCACUUGGAAAAGAGCUGCUGUCCAGAAAUCAUUACGCUUCCGCCGACAUAAAGGAACGUCUGCUGCAGCUUACGAACAGCAGGAAUGCUUUGCUGCACCGAUGGGAAGAGCGUUGGGAGAAUUUGCAGUUGAUUCUUGAGGUGUAUCAGUUCGCUCGUGAUGCCGCAGUUGCAGAAGCCUGGUUGAUUGCACAAGAACCAUAUCUGAUGUCGACAGAGCUUGGCCACACAAUAGAUGAAGUUGAAAAUCUAAUCAAGAAACAUGAAGCGUUUGAAAAAUCGGCUGCUGCACAGGAAGAACGUUUUAGUGCUUUGGAGCGAUUGACAACGUUUGAGCUCAAAGAAAUGAAACGUCGCCAGGAAGCAGCGGAAGAGGCAGAACGUCAACGCCUACAGGCCGAAGCCGAAGCGAAGGCAGCAGCGGAAGCCGAUGCAGAAGCAGCAAGACAAGCGGAAGCUGCCGCACGUGAUGCAGCUGAUGCUCCAGGAUCGCCACAUUCCACCAGGGAACAGGAAACAGUCACUAUGAGAGCAACUUCACCUGUAGAAAAAGAAAGACCUAUUUCCCAGCCAGUGCAUGUAAGACCAAAAUCAUUUGGACAAGCAGGGAAAAGUGCUUCGCUUGAGCACGCCCCAAAGACAACGAGCUUAAGAACUGGUGCACUGCCUAAAUACUAUCCAUCUACAGUCAUCGAUACCACCACCAUCAUCAGUAGUACACCCCGAAGACACUCGGCGACACCAAAAGAACGCUCAGCAAGUUCCGCCAGCGCUUCGGCAUCGAAAGUCAGUCGACGAUCUCGCUCCAAGAGUCCAUUCCGGAGUUUCCGCUGGAAGCGGGGAAGUUCUAAGGCUGAAGUAUCGGAUGACGAAGGAGAUCGUCCAAGCCCGGGAGGAGUUGAUGAAGGUGCACAAGAAGGUAUUCUAACGCGAAAGCACGAAUGGGAAUCCACUACCAAGAAGGCAUCAAACCGAUCGUGGGAUAAGGUGUACAGCGUUGCACGUAACGGACGGUUGACGUUCUACAAGGAUCAAAAAUCAACAAAGGCUGUCCCAGAGCAGACGUUCCGUGGUGAGCCACCACUAGAGCUGAAGGGAGCUCAAAUCGAAAUCGCCACUGAUUAUACCAAGAAGAAGCAUGUGUUCAGAAUAAAAUUAUCGAAUGGCGGAGAGUUUCUGCUGCAGUGUCACGAUGAUGCCGAGAUGAACCAAUGGGUAACUGCUUUGAAGGCUCAGUGCGAGCUUGAAGCCAGCGGUGAAGGCCGUUCGCUAACCCUGCCAGCAUCAUCACAGAAAGAUGAACAAAAGAGACGAUCAUUCUUUACACUGAAGAAAAAUUAAAAUCUUUACAAAAACAUACAUGAUCCGAUAUCGAGACACAUCCCAAGCAAAUAAGAAUGAGAAAAAUCAACAAGAAUCUGUACUAAACCCAAUUGGACAACCUUCUUCUGUUUUAAUUAGUUAGUAAUUUUUAUGUACGUACUCUUUACAACUAGAGAAAAAUGCAAUUGCUGCUGCAAAAUGGAAAAAAGCAUACCAUAUACUAUGGUUUAUAUAAGCGUUUACUAAUGUUUAUCGCAAUCCACAACAAAUCGGUACGAAGAAGUCGUCUCUCAGCUUGAUGCGGGGCAAAUAGCAAUUGCACGUGAUGAACAUAGACAGAUGAGGAUGACAAAUUCAAAUGUGUAGGACAAUGUGAAUCGUUUUCGAGAUUUUUCAUUGAAUGUCAUCCAUUUCGUGAUAGGGAUUUGUCACAUUGAAAACAGUUUUGCAGCAAUGAGAUCGAAAAGAGAGAACAAAAAUAGUAAAAAAAAAUCACUUAUAAUACAAAAGAUGUCAAAGUAAGAUUACACACACACAAAAAAGUAACGCUCCGCUAGAAAGCUGAUUCGGAACGAAAUAAAAACUUUUACUAUUGUAAGAACCUGACGAAAAAAAAAAUAAUUUUAAUAAUAAGUGUAUAGAAAAACCGUAACUAUAAUAAAGUAUUUAUUUAUUUUAUCUGUAACACGAGAGAGACAACCGGCGAAAACUCUUCAAACUAACCAGUCUUCGAUUUCGUUUCGCGAGAAAAGAAAUUGUAAGAGUAAAUGUGCGGUUGCCGCUAGUAGAAAUGCGAAUCGAAACACAAUGGUCAAUGUCGUCUCCUGUGACAGGCUUACAAAGCUGAUGAAAUUGCGACACAAAAUGUUUAAUUUCUUUAUUUUCGAGACACAAAGUUUAAGAAAAUAAAAAAAUCAGAUCAAAUAGCAGGCCGCCGCCUCCAUAGAUUAUAGAUGAACAGAUGUGUGAAAGGCGAAGAUCCUGUACCCAGUUACUGGUUUAUGCUGAAGUUGGACCAAUUCUCGACGGCUUGAUGGAGCCAGUUGUGUACGAUGUCGCAUCACACUCUUUUUUAAAUGAUUUCCCUUUACUUUCAUGAUGCUUGCCCGACUUCAUCGUAAAAGUUAGUGUGCGCUUUCCAGAAUAGUUGUAAUACAGCACAAAGAUUGAAAUUUACUGAUGCUUCGAGGCGAUUAGUGUGGGAACCCAUCAUAAUUAGAACAGAAUCGACCACCUCUGAGGGGUUUAAUUGGGUUUGCAGAGGACUAAAUUAAUACCAUCCUAUUUUAUUUUAUUUUUAAUCUAAGCGAAAGUAAUUAAAAGCUACGAAACUCCUAUCGGCUUUCAACUUUUAUUUUUUUCUAGGUUCUAAGGCUAUGAAUAAAGAAAAUAGAUGAUAGCUAUUCGUCUUCUAGCGAACAGAUUAAAAAGGUCGCAAUUUGAAAUAGAGAGCAGCAGCUGGACGAUAUUGUAGAGCGCGGUAUCAUGGAAUCAUGUUGAUGUUCAAAUAUCGGCCGUAUAUAUGUCAAGAUUCAGAACAACGCUAUGAAAAUGUAAUUGCAAUAUUAUAUAAACAGAAACAAUUCAUUGUUUCGACAAAAGAAAAUCACAAUUGUUAUUUCUAAAAAUGAAAAUAAUCUUUUUUUUUGUUUAUUUUAAACCUCACGGUAAUAUUUAUUUUAUUAUUUUUAAAAUAAAAAUCGAGCAGAUAAAGAAAACAAUUGAAGAUUUGAUAUAUCAGAAAGCUGUCUAGAAGCAACCUUGUUUUAUAUGAAGUAUAUAAUAUCAAUCAAGUAUAUUUUUUGAACUGCCAGCUUGUGAGUAAACAACAAAAAUAAAUAUAUAUUACAACUAUUAUUAAUUUUUGUUUUACUUCUGCGCAAAAGAAAAUUAUGAACGCAUACACACACGACAUACACAUUAAUGUAAAUGAUGAUUAUCAGGAUAAACUCUUAAGCUACUAGUAAUGGAACACAGAGCAGAGCAAAGCAUCGUAAAAUAAUGAAAGUGCACUUGGAAUGGAAAAUAGGAUGAGCUAGAGCAUUUCCGUUGCCAUUAUCAUAGCGAAAACAACCACGGACAGUUCAGUUGAUGAUAUUUUUUUCCGGUGGGGAAACAGCCAGGUACAAAGGCUUAACUAAUAUCGGCCAGCGUUAACAAAAAAAAACUUAUUCAAACCGCCUUCUGUUUGAUGGGUUGGUUAAAAAGCAACGUGGCUAGUAUUCUAGUUAUUCAAACGCCUUUUUGGUGGAAACCGAUGCUUAUAGUACAUCCAAUUUUCACUAUUUGCAAUUUCCUUCGGCAGAAAAUGAAGUAAUUGUACGGAAAAAAAAUAUAUAUUUACAUCCAUAAUAAAACUUUGUUUUAUAUACCGUUAAGAACAAAUAAAAGUGUAAAGAAAGCUAUUCCCGAGAACAGAGGAAAAAAUCAAUUGAUAUUAAAGGCAAAAAAAUCAAUAUUUAAUUGUUAUUUAAAAAUAAUAAAACAAAAAACGCUACCUUGAAAUUUCAAAAUAAAUCUGAGAUAUGAAUAUAUAA